UCCAUGCGUACAUUUGAUCAUAUUAGGUCAUAAACUUACAAAAACAUUGCCUUGUGAUUUCAAGUGACCAUAAGUAUUUGGACACAUUCACAUUAAGUAAAUAUGAUAGUGUAAAAGGGAGUCUAACGUGAUCAGAUCUACAGUAAGUAAUUACUAUUUACUUUGCUUUCACUUUACAAAAUUCUAUUUUCCCUUUACAGACAUCAAAUCUAAAAAUAUCAUUUUUUACAUAGAUACUGUAUGUACAGCCUUAGGUUAGUUUAAUAAAAACACUUAGCUACUUCAUUUUAAAAAUAGCAUCUUUUAUUCCAGAUUUACCUUUAUCCUUUUCUUUUCCUAUAUGGAGUCAGACAAAUCAGCUGUACGCUUGUAAGAGUUAAAUAUGUCAUUAGAGGCUUCAGACCCUUUGAAUAUCAAUAACUGGCACCAAUCUUCUGUAAUUUUCAGUGUGCCCAUUGACAUGCUGAUCACUUAGAGAGCGAAACAAAGAGGCUGUAUGUUCGUAUUACCAAUUUUCAUGUGAAUGACUCAGUACAGUAACAAAAAAACCUGCAAGAGAAAAAGAUGUUCCACCAUCGGUUUGCUUAACAUUGUCUUAAAGAAGGCUUUCCAAAUGCAUUGUUAGAAAAACAAUAACCACACCACACCAAUGAGGAGGCAAAUCACCCUAAAAACGCUAUUUGAAAGCCUUUUCAGAACAAAACAGCAGCACCUGUAAGGGGAAUGGAUUCUUCCACUAUUCCGCAAGCCUUCCCUGAAUGACUCAUCCAGCUCCUUUCUUAUUGGAUAAGACCAUUUUGCUCCCAAGGGAUCGUCUUGCAUAGCUUGCAAGGCCCUCCUUCAUUCACAGAAACAUUGGUAUGCGAGCCAGCCAUUUCAUUCACAUAAAAAUAUUAUUUUCAUUCACAUUUCGACAUCUUCUCUGCUGCUUGCUGUGGAGCUAUACACAUGUAUCUAGAUUUUAUUUUGGUUUUGUUAACAGAACAAACCUGGUGUGUUUUUUUGUUUUGUUUUUUUUUUUUAUGUUUUUUGCUGGCAAGCAGGCUUUUGACAAGGAAUGAGUCCGUGACAUCCGUCGACGAGCUUCUCCAGAACCUGUCCAUGAACAGCAAGGUCUCAGCUGCCCCGGCGACCUCCGCUGAGCCCUCGUACCCGACGCCGGCCGAGGUCCUCCGCGCUGACCCCGAGGAUGGAGCCACCACCCUCUGUACCCUUAUCCACAAAGUGUCCAACCUGAAGUUUGCCAACACAGGCAGCCUCCUGGGCAUCAAGAGCCUCCCCUCCGCGGUGAAAGACCUCGCCGUCUCCAAACUGCAGGGCGGCAGCUCCACCACUCCCAGCACAUCGGCGGCAGCCUCCGACAACUCAUGUAACUCUGCCUUUGGCACUCUGUGUUCUCAACAGGACGUGGGCAAAAUGAGUACGGGGAAAAAGAGCAGGUUGGAGGAAAUGCACCUGGGAGGGGACGAUUGGAAUCAGAGCGGCACUGUUGUCAAUAAACCCUCCAGAGGAUGGUUGCACUCGAGCGAGAAGAUCUCCGGACCAGGUGUGACGUACAUUGUAAAGUAUUUGGGAUGUAUAGAGGUUCUGCGCUCCAUGAGGUCACUAGACUUUAACACAAGAUCACAAAUUACGAGGGAAGCUAUCAGUCGAGUCUAUGAAGCUGUGCCAGGUGCCAAAGGAGCAUUUCGUAAAAGAAAGCCCCCUAGUAAAGCCCUCUCCAGCAUUCUUGGAAAGAGCAACCUCCAGUUUGCAGGAAUGAGUAUUACUCUGAACAUCUCGACUACCAGUCUGAACCUGAUGACACCAGACUCCAAACAGAUUAUAGCAAAUCAUCACAUGCAAUCAAUUUCCUUUGCAUCUGGUGGGGAUCCGGACACAACUGAUUAUGUUGCAUAUGUAGCAAAAGACCCUGUUAAUCGCAGAGCUUGUCAUAUUCUGGAAUGCUGUGACGGCUUGGCUCAGGAUGUCAUUAGUACCAUUGGGCAAGCUUUUGAACUUCGAUUUCGGCAAUACCUGCAGUGUCCUUCCAAGCUCCCCACACUUCAUGACAGGAUGUUGAAUGUGGAAGAGUCCCUGUGGACUGAAGAAGAAGAGGAAAUGGCUGAGCAUCCGUAUUACAACAAUAUACCAGGGAAGAUGCCUCCUCCGGGAGGAUUCAUUGACGCUAGACUGAAGAACCAGACAUCCGGCCCAGCAGAUGGCUCUCAGCCUAACACAGCAGCUGGAAUAGACCAAACAUACUACCAAGGAAGACACUAUGGGGAAAAUCAGAACGAGGACAAGAAACCUGCUCCAGUCCGGCAAGGAUCCAGUGAUAUAUAUGGUCAACCUGAAGGAAAACCUCAAUUACCAAAAACUGGGGAUGUCCCGACCUAUGUUAACACUCAGCACAUAGAUGCCCAGGUCCUGGCAGCCCUGCAGGCAGACUCUGACACUGUGAUCAAUGGAGCAGCAGGGGUUGCCAAAGAUAGUCCUAGGAAAGACAUAUUUGAUAUGAAGCCCUUUGAAGAUGCCAUCCGAAACCAGGGCCAAGGCCCUGUUUUAAACAAGGCCGCCUCCGUGGACAACUCAAGCCCCCUCCUGGUCAGAGCAACAGCCUUCAACGUGAACGAAGAGCUGAGCUCACAGCUGUGGUACCACAGAGAAAUGAGCAGGAAGGAAGCAGAGCAGCUGUUGAAGGUGGAUGGAGACUUCCUGGUCCGGAAAAGUACCACAAACCCUGGUUCCUAUGUCCUGACAGGAAUGCACAACGGCCAGGCCAAGCACCUUCUUCUGGUAGAUCCGGAGGGCACAGUACGGACUAAAGAUCAUGUAUUUGACAGCAUAAGUCACCUAAUUAGCCAUCACCGUGACAACAACUUGCCAAUAGUCUCUGCUGGAAGUGAACUCUGUCUUAAACAGCCAGUAGCAAGAAAACAGUGACCAAUACUGUAGCUGGAUGGGGGUAUAUUCUUUCUAACCCUGGAAAUGUGCAGGCAAAGAAGAAAAAAGAGAAGAUGGCUUAGGAAGACCGUGUCUUUUACACGCUAUCCGGAUUCCAGAAAGGAAGAUGUUAAUCCAAUACACAGAAUUUAUAGAACUGUGAUUAUUUUAUUGUGAUUAUUGAAAAUAUAUAUUUUUCAAGACAAGAAGACAUAUAGGUUUAAUGAAUAGAAAUUGAUUUGGUGUUGUUUAAAAAUUGAAACUGUUAAAAUGUUUAGAUUAACUGACCUCACUGAGGAAAAGAAAAAGUAAUUUAGAAUAACAUGAAGUUCUAGAUUUGUCUGACAAGCACAACCAGAUUUACAUAUUUGUUGGUUAACGUUGGACGAAAACAAAUGUAAAAAAGCAGCUAGUGUUUUAAAAAUUUAAACAACAAAAAUAUUUAAUACAUGCAGCUAAAGUAACAGUUAAUUUGACAACAGCUUCAAAUUACUGUUAAUUCUGCUUUAAAAUACUUUUUAAAUCACAAAAUAUUUUAACUUCUCCAUAUACUUUACUCAGUACUCUGGACUUGUUUAAAAAUGCAAAAUGCUGCAAAAUUACUAGAGAGUACGGACAUCUGUCACUGAAGUCGCAUGACUUGAAAAUAGUUUUUGUGGUAAUUGUUUGUAGUCUUUUAACCCUUUGAGAAGUGUUUGUGUAUGCACAUUGUGUAAAAUGUUAAUGUUUUCUCUCAGUCUGGCUCCAUCUCAAAUUUUCUUUUAACUUGUAUAUUUUCUUAAUUCAAUUAACAAUUAAUGUACAUUAAUUAGGAUGUUAAUUACCCAGAAUGGGUUGAUAACAAAAACAAAACAAUAUCUGUUUCAGAGGAAGAUGAACUGCAAUGUACAAAAUAAAAGACUGUUAAAGAAAAGAAAGUUUUUAUGUUCUACACACAGUUUAUAUGAUUGUUUCAGGAUGUUUUCGACAAGAGUCUUUCUUAAGCCAUACAGAAGGAAAGAUCAGAGCAGUUCAUUUAUUGUUAUUCUAAAGAUUCUGUACAUGAUGUGAUUAUGUUAGAAUAGAAUGUUUAUUCCAAGACCUUACAAAGAGCUCAGUUUGAAGAUCAGAUCCAGUUUCUUUGUGGAAAGCUCUUAAGCACCAACACUGAAUUACACUUCAGUACUUCACAGAUGGUAAAGUCUUUAGCAAUGUGCUUGUAGCUACUGAAGUAUCGGGCAUCUGUAAAUUAUUUGGUUAUUUGUUUUAAUGUUUCAUAAAAGUAUCAUGAAGCAGUAAACUAUUUUCGUUUGUACCGGGUACAGUUGCAUUUUUCUGGUGGUAAUGCAAUUACUCCUUUGGAUGUGCAUGAACUGGGGUGGUGGUUGAUGAUUGAUGAUUUAGAAACUCUCUGUUCUCUGUGUGUGUAUUAGCAUAUUUGCACAUGGCACAUUUAAGGCUAUUACAAUGAAAAGUGCCUUUAUAUCACUGUAAAACAAGUUCUCUUAGCUUCUUGUCUUUUCUAUGUAUGUCAGUGCUGUGGAAAAAAAGCAUCCUGCAGACAAAACAAACAUGGACUGAUCUUUAAACUAGGUACUUUGGAACAUCUUCAGAUAUACAAUCUACUCUUUAUAAAUACAAUCUGUUAUUACACCAUCAAAAGAUCAUGUACAGAAUUUCUGAACAACAGGAUUGCUGCACUAACUUUACCUUUUCUUCUAUACAGCUGAAGAAUUUUUGACAAAUUAUUUUUGAUUAUUUAAACUGGGGGUACCACACAGAAACUUUCUUUUCCUUUGCAGCAUAUAAUAUAUCCCAGGGUAGAUGCUGAUACAAGAGCCACACUUUUUUCAUAUUUGUUCUGCAUAUUCACUUCAAUCAAAGGGGUUAAAUAAUUAAAGCAACAUGAUUUAACUUACAUCUGCUUUCAAAAUAGGAUUUAUUGUUAUUAAAUACCCACAUUCAAUGUUUAAAUCAAAUAUACAUUUAUAAUUAUUUUUGUUAAUUAUGUAUAUCUGGGUAAGUCACGUUUCUUGGUCUUUGUAUAACAUUCUAUAGACAUCUAUAUCUGUGUAUAUAUUUUCUGUAGAGCACUCUGCCUGGCCAUCCGUUAAUCUGAAGCAAUUUAAUUUGUGCCAAAUUAGACUGAGAGUAAAAUUAUUCAAUAUAAACAAAAUUAUGCUUUAUUGGUUUGUAUCCACUGCUUACAGCAUUCUUUCUAGGGCAAGACUUGAGCUGAAUACCACUAUACAAACAUGCAAAUUUUAAUGUAAGUGGCAGGUUCAAUUUGUUUUUUAUCUAUAUAAAAAGCUUUCAAUAGAUAACUACAGUAUAGUAGUUAUCUAUUUUCUGUAAAGGUAGAGGCUCAUCUAUGGAAAAAGACAAACAUUUUUUAGGAAUAAUAAAACUGUAAGCUGACUUGGUCAAUGAAAGAUGUUGUCAAGCUAUGCCUGCAAGCUUGUCUUUUCUCAUUACUGCAUUUUUACAAACAUUGUUUCUUUGUUGCAUACAGGAGAAAGUAUUAAAGAGCUGCUGAAGGGAAUCUUUUACUUGUGCAAUAUGAAAUGAGCUGGGAUUAUGAUUAAAGACAGUGAUGAUGCUGCAUUUGCCCCAGCUCAAGUGCUGCCCAAAUAAAGGCUAAUACCUCAGUUGUUACAAAGAGAAACCUUUCACUUGAGAAUAGAGUCAUCAAAGCCACAUUACGGGAGCUUGUUUUUCCUUUUUGUAGUGUUAUGGAUUGUUGAUGGAAAGAUAAAUAUAUUACUAUCUUCAAUGAGUACAAUUUCAUUCCGCAUUUAAUGUCUCUUUUGUGGGUAUUUGUUUUUUGAGCCUUUCAUAUGCAAAGGUAAGAGGAGGGUUUGUUGUUACCUUUAAUACUGCACCUUUGAACUUGAAAAUAAAACCUGUUGUUAUAAAAAAAUGCUUUAAAAUGGCAGCUCAUUAGCUAUAACUGGACACAAAUUGAUGUUACAAGAAUUACUUCAGAUGGGGCUAACAUCAUUUGUGGAUGAUGGAAACCAAUGCCAAACUUAGCUGGGAUUUCCUUCUGACAGUAAAAGUAGUUAAUUUGGCACAAGUACUUGACUUGAUUUUUUUGCAUUUGAAAAUCAGCUGCCCUCUAUUUGCAAGACAAGGUCUCAAAUGUAAUUAUGUGUUUUUUUAACAAAUAGAUAAUGCCAGUUUUCUAUGUUAUCAAAAAAACGUGCCUUUUCUAUGUACUUACAGUGUUCAUUCUAAUUAAUACCAUGGCAAACCCUAAGUGGAGUUCGGUCAUGGGUGUUUUUCUUUAUUUGAGGUAGUUAUUCAGUGCUAAAAUGUUACAGCAUGAGAUUCAGCAGUCACUUCUCUUUCUUCUUAGUUUUCUAUACUGAAAUUGAAUGAUGCUACAAUGAAAUCACACUCAAUGGGUUUUGGAAUAAAGGGUAACAAAAUGUAAUUUCCUGAAGAUGUUUACAGAUUUGAUCCUUGAUUAUUUGAAUUACCAUAACUCUGUAUGACUGUUGGCAAUAAAACAGCAAAUGUGUCAUUUUU